AAAAUAUCUCUCUUCACUCUUUCUCUCUGUGUGCUACCGAAAACACAGGGCUUCUCUCGUGCCCUAUUUUCUCUGAGUGAGUGGAUGUACCACUCUCGUUGUUUACUCUCUCUAAAUCAAAAUCAAAAUCAAAAUCAGAAUCAGGGUCUCUGGUUUUCUUUUGGUCGUUCAGAUUGGGAAUUUUGAUUUCUUUGACUUUUGUGCAUCGAUUUUGUGUUAAGGUUGUUGAAAAUGGAGAUUCCUGAUUCGGAUAAGAAAGAGGGUGUGCCAUGCGAUUUCUGUAGCGAACAGGCUGCGGUUCUGUACUGCAGAGCUGACACGGCGAAGCUUUGUUUGUUCUGUGAUCAGCAGGUACACUCGGCCAAUUUGCUAUCCCGUAAGCACAUCCGUUCGCAGAUCUGCGAUAACUGUGGUGUGGAGCCAGUUUCUGUCCGUUGUGCGACGGACAAUCUGGUUCUUUGCCAAGACUGCGAUUGGGAUGCACAUGGGAGCUGUUCUGUGUCGGCAUCGCAUGUUCGAACUCCGAUUGAAGGCUUCUCGGGAUGCCCUUCGGCGCUGGACCUGGCGUCUUUGUGGGGAGUCGAUCUUGAGGACAAAAAAUUACAUCAACCGUCUGGGUUUUCUCAUGGUUGGAAUCUUCAGACGCAGGAUUUGGUCAUGCCUGUGGAGCUUUACAAAUGCGGUGGAGUUGGUUCUUCGGAUUCAAUGGUUCCAAAUGAGAACGCCAUGAUUUAUGGCUCAGUGAAUGGGGGAGAGGUCGUCAGGGUGACCAAGCGCCAGCAGAAUCCGAGUUGUGGGAAAAACAAGCAGUCGAUAUGUAAGCAGCUGUUAGAGCUGUUUAAGACCGAAUUAAUGGGGGCCAAUGGAGGGGGAGGUGACGACGAUGGUGGGGGUGAAGGAGGAGGAGGAGAGAACUUGGUGCCGGAGACAACGAAUGGGAAUGGGAUCCGGUGGCGGGGGAAUGGGGAGGCCAUUGGUGCAGCAGAUAGGAGUGAUGGGAUCGAGGCUGCAGCAGCUGCUACUCAAGAAUACUUGCAACGACAGCAACAGCAAGACCAGCUGCAGCCAGCGGAGUUUACCUCCUUGCUAAUGCUGCCAACCAAGGAGGAUUCUAAAGAAAAGGAUGGCCUUAUUGAUGGGGAUAUGCUAUGGAAGAAUAAUCCCAGUGGUCAGGGCACGCAGAUAUGGGAUUUCAAUUCAGGACGACUGAGGGGUGUUGAAGAAUCUGGCCAACUAGAAGAUUUUUAUGGUACAAGUGAUGACGGAUUUGUGAUCAAGAACUAUGGUGAACUUGUGAAAGCGACAUCCAAUAUUAAUGUGAGAAUGUCCAAAAAUUCGUACCAGAUGAAUUGUCAUAUGGCUCGUGAUGAUGAGACAUCCUACAAUAAUAUUUUGAAUAAUCCUACAGCUAGCCAAGGGCCAGCAACUUCUGAGAGCAACAAUCUGUCCAUCGCAAGGCCAUCGCCAUUUGGAAAAUCAAGAGGCUCUGGUAACUCGAAUGAUAUCCAGAUUGUGGAACAGUCGCUUCUUGUCGGAAGUGAUUCCAUAAUAGCAGCAGCUGCCGCCAGUAAAGCCGAUAUGGAGCUUCUGGCACAGAACAGAGGCAAUGCCAUGCAACGUUACAAGGAGAAGAAAAAGAACCGAAGAUAUGAUAAGCACAUUCGGUAUGAGUCAAGGAAAGCAAGAGCUGACACUAGAAAGCGAGUAAAAGGUCGAUUUGUGAAGGCUAGUGAAGCUCCUGGUGGUUAAAUCCAUACCUAGACUUGGACUUUGUUUUUGUUUGUAAAUAUUUUACAUGUGAUCACAGGAAAUGUAGAAUUUUUAAAUUUAGCAAGUGCUUUUACUCUCAUUGUUCAACACACCGCUGCCGGGCUUUUUGGCUUUUGCCCAGUCUGGGUUUCAACUCAUGAUAAAUUAUGUAGGGUAGUUACUAGAUUCUUGCUCGACUGA